GACAUUUGACAGACCAAGUCAAAGACAAUUGACUUUUGUACUUGGCAAUUGCCAACAAAAAGUCAACAAAAGAUUUCAGAGUGAAUUUAUUUGCAUAAAGUACAUACGAAUUGCAUUCAUCAUUUUUAAACCCAGUCUUGCAAAAGUUUUAUUUCGUGUCAGUGGCCAGUGAACGCUUUGUAGUUAUUAAACAUAAUUUAUAGAUUUACUUAAAGUUGGCUUUUGUAUAUAUUUUUCCAUGUAAUUAACUGAGUUUUCGAAGAUUUUGGUGUAUUGUAUUUCAGGAAAUAUGAAUUGUCAAGUGACAGUCGAGCAAGGGACAUUGGAAGGCAAGGUUUGUACCACAUAUUAUGGAAAAAGGUACUACAGUUUCGAAGGAAUACCAUACGCUAAACCUCCUGUCGGAAAACUGCGUUUUAGGUGCCCACAGGAACCGGAAAAAUGGACCGGUGUGCGAGACGCCACCAAACCCGGCAACAACUGCGCUCAAAUCAAUCCUUAUUCCCCAAAAUCAUUGAUAGGCUCCGAAGAUUGCCUUUACUUAAAUGUCUACACGCCAUGUUUGCCGGCGGAGAAACUAGACAAACUUCCAGUUAUAUUUUUUGUUCACGGCGGGAGGUUCCUUGUCGGCUACGGAGAUUAUUACCAACCCGACUAUAUACUACAACAUGACGUCAUCCUUGUAACCAUUAAUUACAGGUUAAAUAUAUUCGGUUUCUUAUGUUUACACACGCCCGAAGUGCCCGGUAACGCAGGCUUGAAAGAUAGCGCGAUGGCUUUAAAAUGGGUGAAAAAUAAUAUAAAACGCUUCAAUGGAGAUGAGAACAAUAUAACAGCGUGCGGCGAAAGCGCGGGAUCGGGAGUAGUUACCUUCUAUUUAACUUCUAAAAUGACGAGGGGUUUGUGUCACAAGAUCAUUUCGCAGUCGGGCAACUUGCUGUCGGACCUGGUGAUGGUGGAGGCCGACCCGGUUCAGAAGGCCCGGCACAUAGCUAAGUUAUUAGGACAGGAGCUGGCCGACACGAGGAGUUUGUAUGAUUUUUUAAUGAACGCUUCCGUCGAGGAUCUAAUAUUUGCUAUGAUUACCGCUGAAGUGGAUCGCCCCUCGUAUGUUAUCAACGCUAAUUUGUUACCGGUCGUUGAGAAACAAUUUGAAGGAAUAGAACGAUUCAUCGAGGAGUAUCCGAUAGUUUCGAUCCGUGGGGGUCGUAUAAACCGAAUGCCGAUUCUUACCACAAUAAACUCGCACGAAGGUGCGCUGUUCUUGCCGAGAAACGAGGAAGGUAAAAUUGAAUUUCAGAACAAUCUUCAACACUUCAUUCCACGUUUUACGGGCAUACAAUACGAUACGCCGAGAGCCGUGAAGUUUGCUAAAGGCUUAAACGAUUUCUACUUUAAGGGUAAAGAAAUGACUAAAGAUGAGUACUUAGAUCUGGUGUCGGACGCGUACUUCGGCAGAGACACCGUCAUGUUCGUAGAACACAUGUCUAAGUAUAUAAAGGAUAAUUAUCUUUGUUAUUUCUCGUACUCGGGCAACAUGAACACUAGUCUCAUGAGGCGGCUGGGGUGCGCGGGCGCGACGCACGGCGACCUCAUACAGUACUUAUUCUAUAGGAAGACCAAGGCUGACAAAUGUACCGAGAAAGAUAAAAAAAUUGUCGAUUUCCUCAGCGAAGCUUGGUGUAAUUUCGCUAAAAACGGCAAACCAACGUGGAAGAACCAACCCGUGGAGUGGUUACCAUACGACGUGAGGAAUAAAUACACGCUACAUGUUGAUGACGAUAUCAAGUUGGUUUUUAACCCCAAUUGGGAAAGAUAUUGCGUUUGGGACAAACUUAUGGGUGAAAGGUCUAAGCUAUAAAUGAAUGUUUGGAUACAAUGUUCAUAUAAUUUUAUAGCAGUGGGAUGGAGUAGGUACUUUUUAUAUAUUUAUUUAUUGUUAACAUGUUUGUAAUUCGCUACCGUACAGCCACAAAAUCUCAUGACAAUUAGUAUGAUUCAUAAUGAAUGCUGGGGUUCUUUUAGAAAUCACCUCCUUCAUGUAAUAUUUUACACUUAUCAUUUGUUUCCUCUGUAUUAGGUAAAUUACCAAAAAACGUUAUCUUCACCCAUAAAGGAAUGAUUCAUUCGUAGCUAAGUGCUAUUUUAUUAGUGUACUUUUGACCACGGGCAACGCUAGUCGAUAAUAUAAGGGGGCUUGCAUUGAACGCUUGUUACGUCCACUCCCGUCGGUGACUGGACUGCCCAGCUGGCAUGACGCCAAGACAGUAGACAACUGUAAUGCCAUACAGUACAGGGCUAAAUAAACGUUAAUUUUAUUCCAAAGAGUAUGCUUUAAAGAAAAUUUAAAAUGUCAUAUUUGAGUUAUGUACACGAUUUUUUAGAAAUUGUAGGAACCUUAGUAUUACGAAUUAAUUAAAAUUUACAAUACACAUAUACA